CGCAGCGGGCUGAGCAGCGCUGCUGGUGUCAGAGCUUUCCGAGCGCUGGCAGUUCCGCGGCGGGGAUGCUGAGGCGCGUUGGGUCGGUGAGCAGCCCGGGCCACUGCGGACUUCCGAGGCGCUCCGGGCCGUGAAAACCCCUGCGCCGCGACCAACCCCAGGUUCCCGAGGCCAUUCACCGCUCCAGAAGCCGGACGAGGGGAGCGUCCCGCACAGCAGCGGCUGUUCCUGGAUUCUGGGCUUUGGGAGCGUUCUAGAACCCGAGAGACACCUCCGGGCUCUGGAACCUCCCCCGCGGCCCCCAGCCCCGGCUGGCCGCUGGCGUCCGUCCCAAACCCCCUGAGGUGCACGGGUCUUGGACGAGCUGCAGCUGGGUCCUGGCGCACACCAUGAUCGUUGCAGACUCGGAGUGCCGCGCGGAGCUUCAGGGCUACCUGCGGUUCGCCAGGGGCGGCGGCGGCGGCCCUGGGGCCGGAGAGGAGCAGGGGGAGAGCCGGGCUCGGCGAGGUCCUCGAGGACCAAGCGCCUUCAUCCCGGUGGAGGAGGUCCUUCGGGAAGGAGCUGAGAGCCUCGAGCAGCAUCUGGGGCUGGAGGCGUUGAUGUCCUCAGGACGGGUGGACAACCUGGCAGUGGUGAUGGGCCUGCACCCUGACUACCUUAGCAGCUUUUGGCGCCUGCAUUACCAGCUGCUGCACACAGAUGGGCCCCUGGCCAGCUCCUGGCGCCACUACAUUGCCAUCAUGGCUGCUGCCCGCCACCAGUGUUCCUACCUGGUGGGCUCCCACAUGGCUGAGUUUCUGCAGACUGGUGGUGACCCUGAAUGGCUGCUUGGCCUCCAUCGCGCCCCCGAGAAGCUGCGCAAGCUCAGUGAGAUCAACAAGCUGCUGGCACAUCGGCCGUGGCUCAUCACCAAGGAGCAUAUCCAGGCCUUGCUGAAGACAGGCGAGCACAGCUGGUCCCUGGCUGAGCUCAUCCAGGCCCUGGUCCUGCUCACCCACUGCCACUCGCUGGCCUCGUUCGUGUUUGGCUGUGGCAUCCUCCCUGAGGGGGACCCAGAGGGCAGCCCUGCCCCCCAGGCACCUUCGCCCCCCAGUGGGCAGAGCAGCCCCCCCAGCAGGGACCCACUGAACAACUCUGGGGGCUUUGAGGCCGCCCAGGAUGUCGAAGUGCUAAUGGAACGCAUGAGGCAGCUGCAGGAAAGCCUGUUGUGGGAUGAAGGAGCAUCCCAGGAAGAGAUGGAGAGCCGCUUUGAGCUGGAGAAGUCGGAGAGCCUGCUGGUGACCCCCUCAGCUGACUUCCUGGAGCCCUCUCCACACCCAGACAUGCUGUGCUUCGUAGAAGACCCCACUUUUGGAUAUGAGGACUUCACCCGGCGAGGGGUUCAGGCACCCCCCACCUUCCGUGCCCAGGAUUAUACCUGGGAAGACCAUGGCUAUUCACUGAUCCAGCGGCUCUACCCGGAAGGUGGGCAGCUGCUGGAUGAGAAGUUCCAGGCAGCCUAUAGCCUCACCUACAACACCAUCGCCAUGCACAGCGGAGUAGACACCUCCAUGCUCCGCAGGGCCAUCUGGAACUACAUCCAUUGCGUCUUUGGCAUCAGAUAUGAUGACUAUGACUAUGGGGAGGUGAACCAGCUCCUGGAGCGGAACCUCAAGGUCUAUAUCAAGACAGUGGCCUGCUACCCAGAGAAGACCACCCGAAGAAUGUACAACCUCUUCUGGAGGCACUUCCGCCACUCAGAGAAGGUCCAUGUGAACUUGCUGCUUCUGGAGGCCCGCAUGCAAGCCGCCCUGCUCUACGCCCUCCGUGCCAUCACCCGCUACAUGACCUGACUCCUACACAGGACCUGGGCCUGGAGCAGCUGACUGGGGGCAUUCUCCCCCCUGCAAGGACUUCUCUGUCUGGAUACAGACCCCAAUCCCUCUCUGUCCCAUGCCCACCCACCCUACUCUGGAGGUGGACUUGUGUAUGACAUGCAGCCCCCAAGCCAUACCCUCCUUUCCCUCACUGUAAUGGACAGGAUCAUUGCACUGUCUGGGAUCUCAGCUCUGCCCCUUGGGAGCUGGAAGAGGACUGGAAGAUCCCAAGGGAUUGUGCCCUUCUUCCUGCCCCUGCCCCCAGAGGCAGAGGGCACAGGAAGGAAAUGGGCUGAACUUGGACUUGUGUGCCAGCAGGCUGGGCCCCAGGCACUGCAAGUACUAUGGCUUUCCAGGCCUGGUCCCUGGCUGGCCCCUGAGGGAAGGGGGGCAAACACCUGCAAGGAUCAACACUCCAAGCGACUUGGCCUCUUUCCUCCUCCUCCCUCAUUCUCGGACUUCAUUACCUCUCACCUGCCAUUCACCCAUCAAUGUGAAAGUCAGGGCCACAGCUGGUCUGUGUGUCUGGCUCCCCAAAAGCCUGUUUGGUGGACAGCCUGAAGGCCCCUUGUUCCCUGGCUGCCCCAAUCCUAGUUCAGUUCCUUUGACUUCUUCACCCUCUUACCCUUUCUCCAGUGCCUGGUGGCAUGAGGCCCCAUGAGAGAGACCAAAAACACCAAAAAAAGUAGGUUAUUUCUGGAGAGUUUGGAGUCUUGCCUUCUGAAGAGAACGGAGAUUAUAUUAUAAAUUCUCUGUAUUUUGGUUCUCUGUGGGUGAGGUCUACAGGGCUUCACUCCUGAACCACAGUCAAUUCCUGAGAAGAGGAGGACAGAGAAAUCUGUUCUCCCCAGAACCGCAGUGCCCCGCAGAGGCUGACACUCUCCUAUCAUCCAUGGCUCUGCUGGCAAACGUUUGCUUAAGAAGUUGAGCCUUUCUAGCCCCCAGCACGUGGCUCGGGGAGAGGUGGGAGACCACGGGGUUCUUGUUUAGGUCCUGCCACAGGCCAGGUGACCAAACUUCGACCUCCCUUUCUGCAGUGGCUGAAUGAGGGAUGGGACAAAGUUUCUGCAAUGUCCAAGUUUUUCUUCUGGGAUUCUUAGGCUAGCCCACCAGCAGUCAACUGCAAAUCUUGCAGAAUCUCAAA